AUGAUUAGAUUAUAUCAGAAGAUGCACCAACAGCAGCAGCAGCAGCAACAACAACAACGGCAUAAUAUCUUAUCCUACUCCACUGGUUGGGUGGCGAAUGGUCUAUCGUGGAGUACUCGAGAGAAUGCACCCUUCCGGUUUGCUGUUUCCUCCUAUAUUCAAGAGUACAAAAACCACGUGGAUAUUGUUCAGAAGGAUGAAGAGGGAAAUUUAGUUUGUAGAGCAACAUGGGAACAUUGUUAUCCACCUACAAAAGUAAUGUUUGCUCCUCAGAAGGCCACAACGGACCUUAUAAUCACAACAGCUGAUUAUCUUCGUCUCUGGGAAGUUAAAGAAGGACCUCCAGAAAAGAGUAGCGAAGAGAAACAACGGGCAUCAAAUGAUACACGCGAAGAUCUAUCAAGUAAAAAAGAUCAUAUAGAUUCGCAUGUAGUAUUUAAUACAGUUUUUGAUAGCGGAAAACAACCUAAUGAUUUUUGUUUCCCCAUAACAUCCUGCGAUUGGAAUAAUGAUGAUCCAAAAAUCGUUGGUUGUUGUAGUGUUGAUACCACUAUAACCAUAUGGGAUAUUGAAAGUUUAAAAAAUACGAGACUUAUUGCACAUGAUAAAGAUGUAUAUGAUAUAGCCUUCGCGAAAGGUACACAUACAUUUGCAAGUUGCGGUGCAGAUGGUUCCGUUCGUAUAUUUGACUUGAGAGAGAUUGAACAUUGUACAGUAUUGUACGAAUCUCCAAAUCUGUCACCUCUCCUACGUGUUGCCUGGGAUAAAUUAGACCAAACGUAUCUUACUACAUUUGGUGUAGAUGGUACAGAAGUUAUUGUAAUGGAUAUUAGAAUGCCAUCUGUUCCUGCAGUAUUUUUAAAAAAUAAUCGUCCUCAACCAAUUAAUAGCGUUUGCUGGGCACCAAACUCAGCAACUAAUCUUUGUAGUGCUGGAGAAGAUGGAAAUGCCUAUAUCUGGGAUCUAAAUGAGGUUUCAGGAAUGACUCCAAAGUGUAUGAUGAACUAUAAAUCUGAGCAACCUAUUAACAAUGUUUCUUGGUCAUCUCAACAUGAACAAUGGAUUGCUAUAACGACUGGAGAAGAGGCACAGUUACUCCACGUGUAA